AUUUAUUGAAAAGAAGACUCAAUCUUUCGCAAGAAUUUUUCCUUUUCUCUAGCAGAAAGCAGAAAUGCCUUCAGAAUUGUCGAUAUCAAAGCUUUAUCGCGCACAUUUAAGCCAACUGUUCCACUUUUACCUCAUUCUAUGGUUGCCAAUCGUGAUCAGCAGUAAGAUUCUUGGUGAUAAAUGCGUCACUUCCAUUCAAAGUUUUAGUCUCUUGAAACAAGCAUACAAAGUUUUCAGGGUGCGGGAUAUGUUUUCCUGUUACUACCUCUGCAAAGGAGAUGAGAUCUGUCAGAGCAUAAACUUCAACAAAGUCAGCAGCUUUUGCGAGAUGAACAACCGAACACGUUUGGUCAGACCGUACCAUUUCGUGCCGAAUUCAAACAUCAUUUACUUGGAAAACCCAUUUCGAGCUUUCCUUGGUUCGUCACCAGCACUCCCAGUUUCAUCAUGCCAAGAGAUUAAAAACGCCUCCGAAGGACUGGCCCCUAAUGGUAGAUAUUGGCUAGCCUCGAUAGGAGCUGGAGACCAACCUUUCAGCGCUUAUUGCGAUAUGGAUAGAGAAGUGAUUGUAGAGUGUCCUAAGAACCUAUGCCAGAAUGGAGCAGAGUGUGACUUCUACGGGAGGGGUCAGUACAAGUGUCGAUGCUUACCAGGGUAUACUGGGAAGCAUUGUGAAAUUGAUAUUGAUGAAUGCUCCAGUAAUCCGUGUGUGAAUGGAGGUACAUGUAUCAAUUUGGUAAAUGGUUACAAUUGCUCCUGCACGUCAUCAUUGACUGGCAAACAUUGUGAACUCGGCAUGGGGGCAGAGUGCAGCUCGUACUUAUUCGACACAGAAGAAGACCGUAGCAUAAAGUAUCGAGCUGCAGGGUCAAAAAAAUGUGACAGUGCCUUUUCCGGAGGCUGGUACCGCUUUAACAGCACUGCUGGCUCAAAAAUGCCUACAUCUUGUGUGCCAAAGAGUAUGUGUAACACAGACGCACCCGGCUGGCUCAGUGGGAAUCACCCCACACUAAAGGAAGGAAUUGUCACUCGCACUGCUUGUUUUCAUUGGAGCACUAAUUGCUGCAACUGGAAGGUUAUCAUCAAUGUGAGGAACUGCGGAGAAUUUUUCGUUUACAAGCUUGUGAAACCAAACGUAUGCACUCUUCGUUAUUGCGUAACCACGUGAAACCAUAGUUCGAAGGGAGGUUCUUGGUCAGCUAACCCAACAUAUCUUUCGUAUAUGUCUGUGUUGGUUUUUUUUUAUUGAUUGAUUGUUUAAUUUUUCUUUCACCUGACCGUGCCAUACGUUUAACAGAACAUCAAUCAAGUUGAACUGACGGACCAAUCGAAAUUUCUGAUUAACUUAUUCAUUUGCUCAUUGGCUGGUUUGAAUGGGGCCCUGUAAAAAUAAUUAUAAUGCCUGAGCAUAACACUGGGAGUUAUGCUCCCAUUUCUUUGCGAAAUGUGCGUAACCAGUGCAGAGAAGAUGCAGCCGAAGACGGCCGGCCUACGGUUUGAGUAAACAUUAGGGAUUAAGGUUGUGCUCGGGUAG